GCUUCCACGGACUGAAUGGCUUGGGAGGGAAAGGCCUUGGAGAUUGACCUGCCUGCAGCAGCAACCUCUCAACCCCCUCUUAGAGGAAGGACCCUCCGCCUCAGCUGUACUGAGUCGCUCCUCUCGCCAGGUUGUUCAAAAUGGCAGAAGAUCAGAUAGUAGAGAAUGAGAAAACAGCGACUUCUGCCAACAUGGAUGGCAAUCCUGUACAUCAAGUCAUUCAGGAAGCUGGUGUUGUAGACCCCAAGACUACUGAUGGCAAUGUACAAACGGAAGAAACGGCUCUGCUGAGCAGCUAUAGACCACAAACCCAGGAACCCCUGCCUGAGCCAACCACACUGGGCAGAAUGAAGCAAAUCUGUGCUUGUCCACCCCAAGGCAUACUUGCAAGAAUAGUAACCUAUGGAACCGCAAUAGUUCUGGUCUGGGCUGUGAUCUGGUCUAUUACAGGCGAUGAAUGUCUUCCGGGUGGGAAUCUUUUUGGAAUUUUGUUCCUCUUCUUUUUUGCUGUAAUCGGUGGUAAACUUAUGGGUCUAAUUAAAUUGCCUGGUUUACCACCCUUCCCUCCACUUCUUGGAAUGCUUCUUGUUGGAUUCCUCCUCAGAAAUGUCCCAUACCUCACUGAUAUAGUCCAGAUUAAGGUGAAAUGGGGAACAACCCUGAGAAACAUUGCUCUCUCUGUUAUCUUGGUCCGUGCUGGCCUUGGCCUUGACCCAAAGGCGCUGAAAAAACUGAAGGCUGUCUGCUUAAGGCUGAGUAUGGGACCCUGUCUCACUGAGGCUUGUGUAGCCGCUGUUCUGUCUCACUUCCUCAUGCACCUGCCUUGGCAAUGGGGCUUUAUGUUAGGAUUUGUUUUAGGUGCUGUGUCUCCUGCUGUUGUGGUCCCUUCAAUGUUGGUUUUACAAGCAGGAGGAUAUGGUGUUGACAAAGGUGUCCCAACCUUGCUGAUGGCUGCCGGAAGCUUUGAUGACAUUCUAGCCAUCACAGGUUUCAAUACCUGCUUAGGCAUAGCCUUCUCUUCAGGCUCCACCCUCGAUAAUAUCCUCCGUGGUUUGCUGGAAGUUGCCGUUGGUAUAGCAGCUGGGGGCCUUUUGGGCAUUUUUGUUCGCUACUUUCCUAGCAAAGAUCAGGAAUCACUGGUAUGGAAGAGAGCAUUCUUUGUGAUGUCUCUUUCUAUGUUUGCUGUCUUUGGCAGCAUGUAUUUUGGAUUCCCUGGAACUGGAGGACUCUGCACCAUCGUCUUAGCAUUUCUGGCUGGAAUAGCAUGGUCCGAUGAGAAAAAAGAGGUAGAAAAAAUUAUUGCAGUUGCCUGGGAGAUUUUCCAGCCUUUCCUCUUUGGUUUAAUUGGAGCUGAAAUAACUGUUGCAUCCCUUAAGCCUGAAACUGUUGGACUCUGUGUGGCCACACUAUUUGUUGGACUGACAGCCCGAAUUACAGCCACAUUCCUCUUGGUGUGUUUUGCUGGCUUUAACAUUAAGGAGAAGAUAUUUAUUUCUUUGGCAUGGAUUCCCAAGGCAACUGUGCAGGCUGCAAUUGGUUCUGUUGCUUUAGAUACAGCACGAACUCAACAAGAUGAAGCAUUAGAAAAAUACGGCAUGGAUGUCUUGACGGUCGCUUUCCUGGCAAUCUUGAUCACAGCUCCAAUUGGAGCACUAAUAAUUGGUCUGGCUGGACCCCAACUUCUCCACAAAACUACCAAGGACAAUGGUAACGAAGAUCAUGGACAAACAGCAGGAGAAGAAAUGGCAACGCAUGGGUCAGUAUAGGGAAAUAGUAGGUCUCAGUCCCCUGCCCCUAUUACACUCAAUUGAUAUUCAGAGCUUUUUAGGAGUAAACAUACUGUGGAGUAGGGUUUUGUGUGUGUGUGUCGGGAGCGACUUGAGAAACUGCAAGUCGCUUCUGGUGUGAGAGAAUUGGCCAUCUACAAGGAUGCCCAGGGGAUGCCUAGAUGUUUGCUGUUUUACUAUCCUUGUGGGAGGCUUCUCUCAUUUUCCCACAUGGGGAGCUGGAGCUGACAGAGGGAGCUCAACCCGUUCUUUCCGGAGUCCUGCCAGCACAAAGGUUUAACCCAUUGCAUCCUGCGGAGUGGUAUGCAGAAGGCUGAAUAUAUAUGAUAGAUCCUGCGAAAACAGCAACUCAGGUACCAAUGGAAAUAUAUGGUUACAUAACCUCUGUAUCCAAUUCCAUCUUCAUCUUCAAUAUUGGGUUUCUGAAUAGUAGCUGUCCCAUGGAAAAAGUCUAAAUUGGAUGUACAGUUUGAUACCUAGAAUAUGUCAAGAAAUGUGAAUGCCAACUAGCAAGGAUGCCUGGUGCAUUUGAUAUGGCUCCCAAGACAAAUGUCUUGAAGUGGAAAGAUGCAUAAGAUCAAUACUGGAAGAAUAUAUAGUUUUUUUUAUGGAGGAUAUGUUCCAGAAUGGACCAAGGUUACCAGAAACUGCAAAUAUGACCCAACAGUAUCAUAGCUGACUUACGGUCCUAGCAAACCAUAGAGUUACAACUGAAGAACUUAUCAACUCCUAAAGAGGUUUUUUGUUUUGUUUUUUGGCAUGUCAGGAGUGACUUGAGAAACUGCAAGUCGCUUCUGGUGUGAGAGAAUUGGCCGUCUGCAAGGACGUUGCCCAGGGGAUGCCCAGAUGAUUUUGAUGUUUUUAUCAUCCUUGUGGGAGGUUUCUCUCAUGAGGAGCUGGAGCUGAUUGAGGGAGCUCAUCCACCUCUCCCUGGAUUCGAACCUGUGACCUGUCGGUCUUCAGUCCUGCUGGCACAGGGGUUUAACCCACUGCGCCACCGGGGGCUCCUCCUAAAGAGGUAAUUGCCAUGAAAAAUAACAGCAACAACAGCAACAACAACAAUUUUAUUUAUAUUCCACCCUAUCUCCCUGGAGGGACUCAGAGCAGAUUCCAAACAUAAAAGGCAAACAUUCAAUGCCUGAAAACAACAACAACACACGAAAUUUGGCAACCAACAUAUGAAAACAAAUUAUGACUUAACAAUUAAAAUUUAAUUAAAAACAUAGCCUGUUAUCUCAGACAUAAAACAAAACAUCAAACAUCAACCAGAAGUAUCAAUUUCCCAGUUCCUUGGGGCAAAUAGAUUGAUGACUGCUCAAGAUAUCUAUUGAACUGGUGGGGUGAACAGGGCACAGAUACCAAUGGUAACUAUUAAUCAGAGGUAUAAUGGUAGUAUUACCAACUACUACUACUCCUCAUCGUAAGCUAGUGAGCAAAGGUAUGUCUUCAGCUGUGUCUUGAAGGUGGAGAGGGGUUUACAGUGCAAAUCCUUCCAAGUUUAUUCAGAAGCAAAUCCUACUGUUGAAUGGGGCAUAGCCCAGGUAAGUAUUUAUAGAACUCUGGCCUCAAUUAUGAUUGAUAAUCCAUCUUAUAUCAUGUGAAAAAUAUUGUAAUGAUAUUGGGCAUCAAGAAUUCUCUUGGAAAAGGCCUCUCCCUGUUUUCUCACAUGCAGUGCCUUUUUUGUUAUCUGAACUUUUCAUAAGUGCUUGUAAUAAAAAAUAAAGAAGAUCCACUUCUGCCUGA